AAUUACGUAACGCGGGGAAAAUGGAUGACCAAUCGGGAGCCGGGAGAGACUCUCGGCUCUUUCUGCUCAGCUCUUCCGUAACGUGUUUCGAUCUCGUAUUCUGAGAGGUUCUCGCUCAGUGGCUGCGGCCUGUUUCCCUGGCAACAGGAAAGCGCGGGAAUUACAGAUAAAUUGAAAGUGCGACUGCGCGACGUGAGCUCGUUAAGGCUUUCUGGAUUGAGGGCAGUCCGGCGAAUUUUUCAGGGAAGUGGGCCCCUGGACCCGGGAAGCCCGGACGCUUUGCUCUGGGUGAAGGUGAGAGAGCCCGCGGGAAGGGAGAAGGUCCAAGGGGGUGCUCCGAGGGACAGGAAACAGGAAGAAAUGGAUUUACCUGCAGAUCGUGUUGAAGAAGUGCAAAAUGUCCUUAAUGCUAUGCAGAAAAUCUUAGAGUGUCCAAUCUGUCUGGAGUUGAUCAAAGAGCCUGUUUCCACAAAGUGUGACCACAUAUUUUGCAAAUUUUGUAUGCUGAAACUUCUCAACCAGAGGAAAGGACCUUCACAGUGUCCUUUGUGUAAGAAUGAUAUAACCAAAAGAAGCCUACAAGAAAGUGCAAGAUUUAGUCAACUGGUUGAAGAGCUGUUGAAAAUCAUUCAUGCUUUUGAGCUUGACACAGGAUUGCAGUUUGCAAACAGCUAUAACUUUUCAAAAAAGGAAAAUAACUCUCCUGAGCAUCUAAAGGAGGAAGUUUCUAUUAUCCAAAGUAUGGGCUAUCGAAACCGUGCCAAAAGAUUUCGUCAGAGUGAACCUGAAAACCCUGCCUUGCAGGAAACCAAUCUUAGUGUUCAACUCUCUGACCUUGGAAUUGUGAGAUCUCUGAGGACAAAGCAGCAGAUACAGCCUCAGAAUAAGUCUGUCUACAUUGAAUUGGGAUCUGAUUCUUCUGAAGAUACAGUUAAUAAGGCAAGUUAUUGCAGUGUGGAAGGCUACGAGUUGUUACAAAUCACCCCUCAAGGAGCCAGGGCUGAAGCCAGUUUGAAUUCUGCAAAAAAGGCUGCUUGUGAAAUUUCUGAGGACAUAACAAAUAUUGAACAUCAUCAAUCCGGUAAUAAAGAUUUGACCACCACUGAGAAGCAUGCAACUGAGAAGCAUCCAGAAAAGUAUCAGGGUAUUUCUGUUUCAAACUUGCAUGUGGAGCCAUGUGGCACAAAUACUCAUGCCAGCUCAUUACGGCAUGAGAACAGCAGUUUAUUACUCACUAAAGACAGAAUGAAUGUAGAGAAGGCUGAAUUCUGUAAUAAAAACAAACAGCCUGGCUUAGCAAGGAGCCAACAAAGCAGAUGGGCUGAAAGUAAGGAAACACGUAAUGAUAGGCAGACUCCCAGCACAGAGAAAAAGGUACUUCUGAAUGCUGAUCCCCUGUGUGGGAGAAAAGAACUGAAGAAACAGAAACCUCCAUGCUCUGACAGUCCUAGAGAUUCCCAAGAUGUUCCUUGGAUAACACUGAAUAGUAGCAUACAGAAAGUUAAUGAGUGGUUUUCCAGAAGUGAUGAAAUGUUAACUUCCGAUGACUCACAUGACGGGGAAUCUGAAUCGAAUACUGAAGUAGCUGGUGCAAUAGAAGUUCCAAAUGAAGUGGACGGAUAUUCUGUUUCUUCUGAGAAAAUAGACUUAAUGGCCAGUGAUCCUCAGGAUGCUUUGAUAUGUGAAAGUGAAAGAAUCCACACCAAGUCAGUAGAGAGUAAUAUCGAAGAUAAAAUAUUUGGGAAAACCUAUCGGAGGAAGGCAAGCCUCCCUAACGUGAGCCACACGAAUGAAGAUCUUAUUAUAGGAGCAUGUCCUAUAGAACCUCAGACAGCGCGAGCCCAUCCCCUCACGAAUAAAGCAAAGCGUAAAAGGAGAACUACAUCAGGCCUUCAUCCUGAGGAUUUUAUCAAGAAAGUAGAUUUGGCCAUUGUUCCAAAGACUCCUGAAGAGCUAGUUGAGGGAACCGACCAAAUCGAGCGAAAUGGUCAUGUGAUGAAUAUUACAAAUAAUGGUCCUGAGAAUGAAACAAAAGGUGAUUAUGUUCAGAAUGAGAAAAAUGCUAACCUAACAGAAUCAUUGGAAAAAGAAUCUGCUUUUAGAAGCAAAGCUGAACCGAUAAGCAGCAGUAUAAUCACUAUGGAACUGGAAUUAAAUAGCUCCAGUUCGAAAGCCCCUAAGAAGAACAGGCUGAGGAGGAAGUCCUCCACCAGGCACGCUUGUGCGCUUGAAUUCGUAGUUAGUGGAAAUCCAAGCCCACUUGAUCAUAGCGAACUACAGAUCGAUAGUUGUUCUAGCAGUGAAGAGAUGAAACAACAUCUGGACCAAAUGGCAGUCAGACACAGCAAAACACUUCAGCUCAUGGAAGAUAAAGAACCAGCAACUGGAGCCAAGAAGGGUAGUAAGCCAGGUGAACAGAUAAAUAAGAGACUUGCCAGUCAUGCUUUUCCAGAGCUAAAUUUAACAAACGUACCUGGGUUUUUCCCUAACUGUUCAAGUUCUAAUAAACCUCAAGAGUUUGUCAACCCUAGUCUUCGAAGAGAAGAAAUAGAAGAGAGCCAAGGAACAAUUCAAGUGUCUGAUAGUACCAGAGAUCUCAAAGAGCUGCUAUUGAGUGGAGGAAGAGGUUUACAAACUGAAACAUCUGUAGAGAGUACCAAUAUUUCAUUGGUACCUGAUACUGAUUACGGCACUCAGGACAGUAUCUCGUUACUGGAAGCUGACACCCUAAGGAAGGCAAAAACAGCACCAAAUCAACGUGCGAGUCUGUGCGCAGCAAUUGAAAACCCCAAGGAACCUAUCCACGGUUGUUCUAAAGAUGCUAGAAAUGACACAGAGGGUUUUGCAAAUCCAUUGACAUGCGAAGAUAACCACACUCAGGAGACAAGCAUAGAAAUGGAAGAGAAUGAACUUGAUACACAGUAUUUACACAAUAUGUUCAGGGUUUCAAAGCGUCAGUCAUUUGCUUUGUUUUCAAAUCCAGGAGAUACAGAAAAGGACUGUGCAACGGUCUGUGCCCACUCUGGGGCCUUAAGGAAACAAAGUCCAAAAGUCACUCUUGAGUGUGGACAAAAAGAAGAAAAUCAGGGAAAGAAAGAGUCUGAAAUCAAGUAUGUGCAGGCAGUUCAUGCAACUGCAGGCUUUUCUGCAGCUAGUCAGAAAGCUAAGAAACCAGACGAUUAUGCCAAAUGUAGCAUAAAAGGAGGCGCUAGGCUUCAUCAGUCAUGUCAGUUCAGAGGCAAGGAAAUUGAACUUAUUGCAAAUAACCAUGGAAUUUCCCAAAACCCUUAUCAUAUACCACCACUUUCUCCCAUCAGAUCAUCUGUUAAAACUCUAUGUAAGAAAAACCCGUCAGAGGAAAGGUUUGAGCAACUUUCAAUGUCACCUGAAAGAGCAGUGGGAAAUGAGAGCGUCAUUCAAAGUACAGUGAGCACAAUUAGCCAAAAUAACAUCAGAGAAAGCACUUUUAAAGAAGUCAGCUCAAGCAGUGUUAAUGAAGUAGGUUCCAGUACUAAUGAAGUAGGCUCUAGUAUUAAUGAAGUAGGUUCCAGUGGUGAAAACAUUCAGGCAGAGCUAGGUGGAAACCGAGGACCUAAAUUAAAUGCUAUGCUCAGAGUAGGUCUUAUGCAACCUGAAGUCUAUAAGCAAAGCCUUCCUGUAAGUAACUGUAAACAUCCAGAAAUGAAAAGGCAAGGAGAAAAUGAAGGCGUAGUUCUGUCUGUUAAUGCAGAUUUCUCUCCAUGUCUAAUUUCAGAUAACCCCGAACAACCUAUGGGAAGUAGUCGUGCUUCUCAGGUUUGUUCGGAGACACCCGAUGAUCUAUUAAAUAGUGACAAAAUAAAGGGAAAAAUCAGCUUUCCUGAAAGUGACAUUAAGGAAAGAUCUGCUGUCUUUAGCAAAAGUGUCCAGAAAGGAGAAUUCAGAAGGAGCCCUAGCCCUUUAGAUGAUACACAUUUGGCCCAGGGCCACCAAAGAGGGGCCAGGAAAUUAGAGUCCUCAGAAGAGAACACAUCUAGUGAGGAGGAAGAGCUUCCCUGCUUUCAACACUUACUAUUUGGUAAAGUAACCAACACACCUUCUCAGUCUACCAGUCACAGUGUUGUUGCCACAGAGGGUCUGUCUAAGAAAACAGAGGAGAACCUAGACUCACUGAAGAGUAGUUUAAGGGACCUCAGUAACCAAGUCCCAUCAGCAAAGGCAUCCCAGGAACAUCACCUUAGUGAGGAAGCGAGGUGUUCUGGUAGCUUAUUUUCUUCACAGUGCAGUGCAUUGGAAGACUUGACUGUUAAUACAAAUACCCAGGAUCCUUUCUUGAUGUUUGAUCCUCCUUCCAAACAAGUGAGGCAUCAGUCUGAAAACCUGGACGUUCCGAGUGACAAGGAAUUGGUUUCAGAUGAUGAUGAAAGGGAACUUGGCCUGGAAGAAGAUAAUCACGAAGAAGAGCAGAGUGUGGAUUCAGACUUAGGUGAAGUGGCAUCCGGGUACGAGAGUGAAACAAGCCUCUCUGAAGACUAUUCAGGGUUGUCCUCUCAGAGUGAUAUUUUAACCACUCAGCAGAGGGAUACCAUGCAAGAUAACCUGAUAAAGCUCCAGCAGGAAAUGGCCGAACUGGAAGCUGUGUUAGAGCAGCAUGGGAGCCAGCCUUCUCACAGUUCCCCUUCCCUCAUAGCAGACUCUUGUGCCCCGGAGGAGCUGCUCAAUCUGGAACAAAACACAUCAGAAAGAGCAGUAUUAACUUCAGAGAAAAGUAGUGACUAUCCUAUAAGCCAGAAUCCCGAAAGCCUUUCUGCUGACAAAUUUCAAGUAUCUCUGGAUAGUUCCACCAAUAAAAAUAAAGAACCAGGAACGAGAAGGUCUUCCGCUUCUCAGUCCCAGUUGUUAGAUACUAAGUGGUAUGUGCACAGCAACCCAAGGAUUCUUCAGAACACAAACUGCCCUUCUCAAGAGGAGCUCAUUAAGGUUGUCAGUGUGGAGGAGCAACAACUGACCAAGUCAGAGGCGCAAAAUUUCAUGGAGCAGUCUGAUUUGCCAAGACCAGAUCUGGAGGGAACCCCUUACCUCGAGUCUGGAAUCAGCCUCUUCUCUGAUGACCCUGAGUCCAAUCCCUCUACAGACAGAGCCCCAGAGCCAGCUCAUAUUAGCAGCAUGCCAACUUCAACCUCUGCAUUGAAGUUACCCCACUUUCAAGCUGAAGAAUCAGCCAAGAGUACAGCUACUUUCCAUAUUGCUAGUACUGCUGGGUAUAAUACGAGGGAAGACAGUGUGGGCACGGUGAAGCCAGAAGUUAUAUCUUCAAUAAAAAGAGUCAACAGAAGAAUAUCUAUGGUGGCAUCAGGCUUAACACCAAAAGAAUUUAUGCUUGUGCACAAGUUUGCCAGAAAACACCACAUCACUUUAACUAAUCAAAUUUCUGAAGAGACUACUCAUAUCAUCAUGAAAACAGAUGCUGAAUUUGUGUGUGAACGGACACUGAAAUAUUUUCUGGGUAUUGCAGGAGGAAAAUGGGUAGUUAGCUAUUUCUGGGUGACCCAGUCUAUUAAAGAAAGAAAGAUGCUAGAUGAGCAUGAUUUUGAAGUCAGAGGAGAUGUUGUGAAUGGAAGAAACCACCAGGGUCCGAAGCGAGCAAGAGAAUCCCGAGACAGAAAGAUCUUCAGGGGCCUAGAAGUCUGUUGCUAUGGGCCCUUUACCAACAUGCCCACAGAUCAACUGGAGUGGAUGGUGCACCUCUGUGGGGCUUCUGUGGUGAAGGAACCUUCGUUAUUCACUCUCAGCAAGGGUACUCACCCAGUGGUGGUUGUGCAGCCGGACGCCUGGGCAGAGGACAGUGGCUUCCAUGCGAUUGGGCAGAUGUGUGAGGCACCUGUGGUGACCCGAGAGUGGGUAUUGGACAGUGUAGCCCUCUACCAGUGCCAGGAGCUGGACACCUACCUGAUCCCACAGAUUCCCGGAGCUGCUGCUCACUCCAGCCAGCCAUGCAUGCAGCGUCUGGAGCCUGUCUCCACAGGACCCCGAGAAUGAUCGUAAGAAGCAGCCUUUUUCCAGGCCCCAGGAGCUCUUCUUCAGUCCUUCCAUAGUCCUGGUUACUGAAUAUUUUAUGUACAUUAGCCUGAGAAGAAAUUCUGGCUGUGCAAGAGUCCCUUAAAGAUUUUUCUGCUUUAAGUCACCCUUUGAAAUCUCCCAUGAGCACAAAAUUGUCAUAAUUUUUCACCUGAAAAGAAUUUAAAACCAUUUAAACCCCACCAGUUGAGCAAGAUGCUGAUUCAUUAUUUACUAGCCCUAGUCCUCAUACUGGGGAUGUUGGCUUAGAGCUGGAGGCACAGAAUGCUGGCCUCUGGAGAAUAGUUGGUCUCCCUAAGUUUGCUCCUCUAAAACCCUGUGUUCGUAAAGGCCAAGAGUCAGACCCUUCAGUGGAAGGCAAGUACUUGGGGAAUCUGUGACGUGACUUAAAAUCAGAAUAGUCCUCGGGCGGCUCUCAAAUGUUGGAGUGGAGCGGGGGGUGGCAGAGGGAUUCAGAGGCAGGUAAUAGAUAUAAAUAUGAACCCUGAGGGUUAGAGGAGAGGGGAGUCACACUGGCCCUGAUCUCCAGAAGUCUGUGCUAUAGUCACUGGAUUUCAAAGGAAUUUCUUAGCACUGAUGUGCUCUGAAAUAGAAUCUCUUCAAGAACUGUUGUCCGAAGAGAGUCUUCUAAUUCCCCGUUAGAAAUAAAUACAGUGUUUAUUGUUAUAGCUCUGAUAUGUCACCCAUUCCUCUUGAAACAUAAGAUCUCUGAUAUGGAUAUUUCCUGUCUGUAAAAUGAUGGAUCCCACCAGGAAAGGAGCUGUUGCUUUCCUUGAGGUAAUUUUUUUCUCUGUGCCUCCUCUUGCUGAACUGUAUAGCUUCAUAAAUAAUUUUGUUUGCCGAAGGAAGAGAAAGUGUUUUUCAUCAACUCAUUAUCCAGGACUGUUUAUAGCUGUUGGAAGGACUAGGUCUUCCUUAGUCCCCCAGUGUGUGAGGGCAGUACAGACCUGAUUGUACAAAAUGUUUUGUAAAUGUUGUGCUAUUCACCUGCCAAUAAACUUGGUAG